CGUGCAAAAUAUUGGCGGAUUUUUGUUAGGUAAUAUCGCGAUAUUUAAUGAAUAUCGUAAAUUAAAAACGAUGUCUAAACGUAACAGUGCUGGAGCAGCUAAUACUCUUUUUAAUUAUUUUACCAAAACACCACCAGCUAACAAGAAAUUCAAGGCGAACGAUGAUGCCGGCGGCAGUCCCAAGUUAGAUUCCUCUGUAAACAAAGAAAAAGAUAAAAAAGUGGAAAAGAAAAAGCGCGAAAGGCAGCCAACCCCUUCGCCAGAGGUGAACAAUCAUGACAGUGAUGAGGAGGUGCCGAUUGCCUCAAAGAGGAGGAAGAGGAUCAGGCUCAACCCCAUGGAUUCUGAUGACUCGGAUGUUGAGAAUAAAGCAGACAACAAAGUUGAGGAGAAAGAGAAAAUCUCUUUGGAGAAGAAGCUACAGGAUAGCUUCAAAUAUGAGCCCAACCAAUCCCCAAAGGCUAGUAAGGCCAAGGCCAAGACACCCAGCAGUAAAGGACCAGCAGCAACUCCAUCCAAAUCUGAGGUGCAAGAGGAAGCCACAUUGGACGAAGGCAACUGGACCCACUGUAAGCUGGAAUGGCUGAAGCCAGAGAAGAUCAGGGACGCAAAGAAGCGGAGACCGGACCAUCCCGAUUAUGACCCCAGCACAUUGUUCGUGCCACCCGAUUUUAUGAAUGAACAGACUCCUGCCCACCGCCAGUGGUGGGAAAUGAAGUCUUCCCACUUUGACUGUGUGCUGUUCUUCAAAGUGGGCAAGUUUUACGAGUUGUACCACAUGGAUGCAGCUGUUGGGGUUAAUGAACUAGGAUUCUCUUAUAUGAAGGGAGCAUUUGCCCAUUCCGGGUUCCCAGAAAGCGCGUAUUCCCGCAUGGCUUCCACACUCGUGUCCAAAGGAUUCAAGGUGGCGAGGGUGGAGCAGACCGAAACGCCGGAUAUGAUGCAAGAUAGGUGUAAGAAGAUGGGUCACAGCACAAAAUGGGACAAGGUGGUGCGGCGCGAGAUAUGCCAGGUGGCAGUGAGGGGAGCUCAAGUCUGCGGCCUGCAGGACGCCGGCCCGGCCGACGCGGGCGCUUCGUACAUGAUGGCUAUUGCGGAAGAGGAAGGCUCGAGUUGCAGCCAGUUCGGCGUGUGUUUCCUGGACACUUCCAUCGGCAUCUUCCACCUGGGCCAGUUCCAAGACGACAAGCACUCCUCGCGACUGCUCACCACACUGGCUCACUACCCGCCUGUUCUGGUAAUAUACGACCGUAAGAGCACAACGCCUCGCGUGAGCAAACUGCUCAGCACACACUGUCAUAGCGCGAGACGCGAACCUCAAUCCCUAUGGCCGCCUGAAAAGACCCUUAAAAUACUUGCUGAGAAGUAUUACAAGACCAACGCCGAUGGUGACUGGCCGGAGGGAAUCAAACCCUAUUUGCAUGAAGCGCUAAGACUCAAGAUACUCGCUGAGAAGUAUUACAAGACCAACGCCGAUGGUGACUGGCCGGAGGGAAUCAAACCCUAUUUGCAUGAAGGUAAGGGUCUAUUUAGUAUGCACUGUCAUACCGCGGGACGCGAGCCUCAAGACUCAAGAUACUUGCUGAGAAGUAUUACAAGACCAAUGCUGACGGCGACUGGCCGGAGUGCGGGACUCAAGCCUCAAUUCCUCUGGCCUCCUGAGAAGACUCUCAAGAUAUUCGCUGAGAAGUACUCCAAGACUAAUGUUGAUGGUGACUGGCCGGAGGGAAUCAAACCUUAUUUGCAUGAAGGCGACGCCUUAGGCCUCACUCCGGCUGCCCACUGCUCGCUAGCAAUCAAAGCAUUAGGCGGCUGCGUCUCAUACCUCACAGACUGUCUGCUAGACAUACAAAUACUGGGUAUGUCCCAGUUCGAAACCUACGCGCCGCCUGACGUGCUAAACAAAACCUUAUCGCAAGAGGAGAAAGCCGAAAAUCGAUGGGAAGGCGGCAACACGAUGGUUUUGGACGCGAUCACGCUAAGGAAUCUGAGGAUAGUGCAGGACGAUGGGUGUUUGUACGAGAAAUUGAACUUCUGUUCCACGGCUAUGGGGAAAAGAUGGUUAUACCAGUGGGUGUGUGCGCCAAGCUGUAGCCUGGCCGUGAUCAAAGAGCGGCAGAAGGCCGUCAAGUGUCUGUUCGAGAGCCAAGAGCUGUGCCAAGAGGCCAAGAACAUCUUGACCACUCUGCCAGACCUGGAGAGGCUUUUGGCCAAAGUCCACGCCCUAGGCAACUUGAAACGUUCAAAACACCAUCCUGACGCUCGCGCCAUCUUCUACGAAGAGAAGACCUACUCCAAACGGAAGGUUCUGGACUUCAUAUCGGUGCUGAACGGGUUCACUGCUGCGCUGAAAUUGAUUGAGUUGUUCGAAGAUGUGGAAUCGGGACUGUUGAAGAGAAUCACACAGUUCAGUCCGAGUGGACAGUUCCCGGAUUAUAGGGAUACUUUGAAGUUCUUCAAGGAAGCCUUCAACCAAAAGGAAGCGGAGAAAGAAGGCCGCAUUCUGCCCGGCGAAGGAGUGGAUCAAGAGUACGACAACACGCUGCGGCUCAUCGGCGACAUCGAGAAGGAACUCAAGGAGUAUCUCAGUGAGCAGGAGAAAUAUUUUAAGUGCCGACUCUCCUACGUGGGGUCAGACAAGAAGCGGUAUCAAAUCGAAGUCCCGCAGGGUGCCGCAAGCCGUGCCGGCGGCGACUACCAGUUGGAAGGCACGAGGAAAGGGUACAAAAGGUUCUCCACUGCUGAGACUAAGGAUUUGCUUGCCCGCAUGAUAGCAGCCGAAGACCAGAAGACCACAGUACUAAAGGACCUUAGCCGCAGAAUAUUCGAGAAGUUCUCCUCGACGUACGACCAAUGGGAGUCGGCCGUCAAGUGCAUAUCUACAUUAGACAUACUACUAUCAUUUACGGAGUUCGCUCGCCAACAGAGCGGCGAUAUAUGCCUGCCUGAAGUCACCUUUGAUAGUAAUCAAAAGCCGUACAUAAACAUAACAGAAGGACGCCACCCGUGCAUACCAAUCGUGAACGAUUUCAUACCGAACGACACCAAGCUUGGAGUGGAAGGCGCUAGCCUGCUGCUGCUUACCGGGCCUAACAUGGGAGGAAAGUCAACCCUGAUGAGGCAGGUCGGCUUGCUGACCGUUCUUGCACAUUUGGGUAGCUACGUGCCUGCGCAAGAGUGCCGCUUGAGCUUAGUAGACCGCAUCUUCACUCGGCUGGGCGCGUCCGACGACAUACUGUCGGGCCAGUCCACCUUCCUUGUGGAGAUGAACGAGACAGCCGCCAUUGUUAAACACGCCACUACACAUUCGUUGGUGCUACUUGAUGAACUGGGGCGUGGCACAUCGACAUACGACGGCACGGCGAUAGCUUCGGGCGUGUGUGCAGAAUUAGCGCGGCGCGGGCCUCGCACCCUGUUCUCGACGCACUACCACUCGUUGGUACAGCACUUCGCGGCAGACCCUGGCGUUUUGUUGGGCCAUAUGGCCUGCAUGGUCGAAACGGACGAGUCAACAGCCGACAACGAAGACCACAUCCCUGAGGAAACCAUAACCUUCCUAUACAAGCUGUCCCCUGGCGCGUGUCCAAAAUCCUACGGUUUCAACGCGGCUCGCCUCGCUGGAAUCCCUAAGGAGAUAACCAGAAGAGCGCACCAGGUAUCUAAAAACUUGGAGAAGGAAGCCACGUGCGUGAGAGCCUUUAGAGAUCUGAUCAAGAUGAGUGAUGUCAAAGAAAUGAGGCAGCUUUUGGCUUCUUUGAGCAUUUAAGAUGAUCUAUUAUCUGAAUUGAAGUAUUUUAUAGAAACCCAUUCACGGUACUUCUAAAUAUGUUACUAUAUUUCGUGAACUCGACACGACAAACGGCAUUCGUUUUUUUAUUGGUUAUUAUACUCGUAUUAUUUCAUGUUUUAGCGUAAGAAUGAUCUUGUUAACUUUUUAAGGGUAUUUUUUUGUGAACCAAAUUAUUUUGUGAACUACCUCUGUUGAUCCUCGUUAUUAUCGCCAUAUUAUUUUGUGAUAUGAAUGAAUGAAUAGGAUUCAUACUUGUUAUGUGAAUUUGAAAAGAUCUGUGAUUUGAAUGUAAUCAAUGUACAAUUCCCACCAAUAAACGUUUUAGUAAUUAA